CACAUCAUAACGUUAUUUGCCAACUGCCAAAAAUAAUACAAGAAGAAGAAGUAUGUUGCUGUUGUUACAGAUCUGACCUAAUGUUUGUUUUUGGUCUGUCGUGUGCUCUGUAACAGCCUCUAAGUUAAUGGAGUCACCGGAACCGUCUCUUUUUGCACAGGCAGGUGCGUCAGCAGACAUGACGCGGAGCACAGAAGAGGACUCGUUGGUGGACGGACCGUUGAUCUCUGCAGAUGUCCUCCAGUCUGCCAUGAGGAGAGAGUUUCAGUCGGUACCAACAACCUGUCCUGCUGGUGCCCUGUCUUUAAUGCACAUUCUCUACGUUGUGCUGUCAAUGUGCGUGGGCAUAAUGUGCGUGUUGAAGUUCGGCCAAGAGGAGGUGUGCUUGCGUAUUUUGGGCAGUGUGCAAGGCGACAGCGUCAUCGUGUUCGGAAAGGUUUUUUUGUGGGUGCUGAUGCUGCUGCUCACCGUCUGGGUCCAUCACCACCACAGCCGUGUCCGCAGCCGAGGAUACCUGAGGUUUUACAGACAGACGCAAAGGCUGAAGCAGCUGCCGCUCAUCAUACAUUCAACAGGUAAUGUGCUGCUGCUGCUUCUUCAGGCUCUGAGGUUACCACAGAACAUUCACACCUGUGUGCUGCUGAGCAUCCUGGGUGCUGAGUUUUUGGUGGCCGUGCCCUGCCUCCUUUACUAUACAGUCAAAGUAAUGAAGUUCAACAAAGAGCAAGCUGCACCAGACGUGAGCCAAGAGGAGCAUUCACACACCUACACUGUCACAAGUGUGCCGACUGAAACCGGUUUCAGAGGCUCAUCCACUCUGGAGGAGGUGGUGGAGAAGCAGGCAGACCUGAUAGAGUACCUGAAGCAGCACAACACAUUACUGAGCAAGAGGCUGCUCAACCUCACUGCUCAGCACUAAGCACAGCCCUGCCUCUGCCUUGCACGCCAGCCAGCUGAUGAAAGCCUCCAACACUCAGGAGAAAGAUCACUUUACUGCUCUGAGUGAAGAUCUAAAAGACUGAAGUAGAGCAAAUGCACCUGUACACACAAACUGAGCCGGUUCCUCCGUAAAGGCUUCCACACCUGAGAUGGACUGAUAACGCAGGAGGAGGAGUAGGUAACUGAAAGUGGAGGAGAUUCUGAGGAGGGUGGGAGGUAAAAGGGAGGAGGUGGAGUCGUGGGUCACAGAUCAGAGGUGACAAGUUUUUAUCACUGUGCAAGAAGCUUCACUGACCCGUGUAUGCUGCAGCUUUUGUGCCUCUGAAAGAAUCAGAGCAGUAAGAUCAACUGAACAAAGGACAGAGGUUAUCAUCUAUCUGGGUCAAGCAAGUGAGGUUAAAAUGUACUGUUUUAUCAAUGUGAUUAUUUUUCUUACCUGUUUGGUCAUUAAUUCUGUAUCUUAAUAAAAACUUUGAUUUUCUUGUUUUA